AGCAUAAUAUGAUCGUUAUCAGGACAAUUAUAUUACUUUAUUUUGAGGUAUUUGUUUCGCUUUUUGUAGUAUUUAUUUCGUUAUCGAAUCAUUGCAUCUUCUGUAAUAUAUAUUGUGGAACGUAAAAAAAAUCAAAAGCAAACACGAGUUUCGCCACCGGCUUUGAGCCCUGCUAGACCAGGACGCAAACAAAAUAAACCAACGAACUGUCAGUUGGCGAUUUUGACAGCGGAAGAAAAAUUCUCCGUCAGAGCAACAAAAGUAAUAAAUUUGGUAGUGAAAUAUCGUAAAUAGUGUAACCAUAACGGGUCACAAUGGAGUGAAUACUAGCGCAAUCACUAGUCGGACCCAUUGCCUUUGCAUUGCCGAUAAUUUCCUGCCCGGGGACGAACGUAUCGUGGCGCACUGGACGGAAGCAAAAGUGUGUGCUUGACUGGUGAAGUAAUCACGCAAGAAGCUAAGCAACAACAGCAGUAAAAACAACGCACUAACGGAGAAGGAGCACUGAGGGUAAAAAAAAACGAGAAGGCCCCACAAGUACGUCCAGCAGCUGCCGCAAUAACAGUGCUGAUUUCGCAGCACUUUGGUUGUGUCGUUGCGAAAUAUAUCAUACACGUGUCCUUGAAUUGAAGAAAGCAGCCAAAACGUACGCUUAAACCCGGAAUCCAGUGUGCGAGCAGUGUAGCAGUACAGUCGAAAAGGGUCAUGUCAUGUCAUUCCACGACACGUGCACAGGAGGAUCCGUACGCGUUCACGGAAUCGGCACCACUGCAAGCGAACUCAUUGGCGUACGCAAACCAUUCAAGUGCAGUUAGUAAUAGCAGCAACAGCAAUGCAACCACUUCAACCACUAUACAGACGGCGUCCUCCGGGGCGAGUCUGUUGCUUACGACCAACACUGCCGGAAAUGGCACUGCAGCAAAGGAUAAGGUUGUAAGCAUUGCUCCACCAGCAACGUCUACAGCCACUCUGAAAGUACGCUACAAUGGUGUCGUGACCUCAGCUACCCCGACAACCACUGCAGUUGUGAGAGGACCCGCCAUUGUCGGUACGCCAAUUCCUGUGUUUACCAAACCUGUGCAGAUAAGGCAACAGUCGCCGCAAAGUGUCCCCCUGUCAGCACAGGCCCAACCAACGGUAACGGUGGGAAAACUGAUCAAGAAGGUACUUCCGCAGCAGAAGUCACCUAUGAUAACGACCGUCGUUGCAGGUGGGGCCAAAAUAAUCUCACGGUUGCAGCAACCGAAUCAAAGCACUGCGGUCGGUCAACAAUUGGCAACGACGGGCGGGUCUAUACUGAAAUUUAUUAAAAUUCCUCCACAACAGCUCGGGAAGGGAACGGUUGCUGGUGGUACUAUUCCACAGGGAAGUUUCAUACACGUAACCACAUCCGGCGAUGGCGCAAGAAAGCUGAUAGUGACUAAUAGCAGCAGCAAUGGGGUAACGCCAACCAUUUCUGUUGCUACCACGAGCUCAGCCAGGAUAGCAAAUGUAGCAACGGCUGUCAAUCGCAAUAAUACGGGCGUGGCCAUGGUGUCCAAUGUAUCCACAGUUUCGCCGACCAAAAUCCGUUUGGUGCAACCGCAAGCGCAAGGGAAAUUUUAUUUACAAACAACAGCUAACAGUAGUACGAUCGGAACAGCGACCCACCUUUCCAAUCCCGUCACCAUAGCAACACUGAGAAACACGCUCAUUAAGCAGCAUCAAAUGCAGCAACAACAGCAACAGCUCUCACCGCUACAGCAGCAAAAACAAUCGCCAGCUCAACAGCAACAACCACAGCAGCAAAUCGUGCAACAGAAGGUUGUACCGUCCCAACAGCAACAACAACAAGUUUCCUCUACAGCAAAGCCGCAACAAAUCACUCCCCAAACUUUGUCUCCACAGCAGCAAAAACAACAACAAAUACAGCAGCAAAAACAACAGAAAUCACAACAGUUAAAACAGCAGCAGCUGAUUACCAUCCAAUCAGCGCAAACAUUGACCCAGGCGCUGCCAAAAACAGCGCUCCAAAUUCAGCCAGCCAAAUCAUGUACACCGUUGCUACAACCGCAAGCGUUACAAAAGCUAGAAAGCCCGGACAGCACACAGAAACUCCAACAGAAACAGCAAAUUCAAACGAGUGCAGCACAGCAACAGCAGCAAGUUGUUACAAAAACGCUUUUGCAAUCCACGCCAAAUGGACAGAAACAAUCGUUGCUGUUACAGCAGCAGCAGCAACAACAACAACCAUCGAAACAAGCACCGUCCCCUACCGUACAGUCUGCGACGCUAAAGCUACAGUCUGCCCAGCAACCGCAAUCGCUGCUACUGCAACCCCAGCGAAAGCAGCAACAAUCGUUCGCACCAGCUGCUAGUAAACAACGGGUCGUACCUCUGCAACAGCAACCACCGAAACCUGCCAGCACAGUUGGUUCCAUAUCUUUGCUGACAUCUUCCACGCUCACGGCAAAGGAUGGAUCGUUACUGGCAAAAGUUAGCGGCGAUGCUGCUAAAGCAUCCACAGUAUCGCCGAAGGAAGAAAAGCCUAGUAUGAUGAUCACUACCGAAAGUGUGCGUCGAUCCGUGAAUCAACAAAGCUUGCUGGUAGCUUCUAAUGUGGAAGCUUCAACAAAGUCACCACAAUCACGCGAACAAUCGCCGACGGUAAAUAGGGUUGAAAAGAUUAACCACCUUCCAUCCGAGCCUAAAGUUAUCCCUGCUAUGGUGAAAAAACGUUCAGAGCUGGAAGCUGUUUCAGCUCCGUCCAAUAUCGAUGGCACAGUAGUGAGCGAAGUCAAAGCGACUGAACAAGCUACCACACUAGAAACCAAACCUAGCCUGAAAUUGGAGGAGCAAACGGUACUAGAUAACAUGAAUGGAAAAGUGCGUCAAACAUCGGGCCGAAAAUCGGCAGUGUCGGGUAAAACGUCUGGCAAACAGCAAAAAUCCAGUAAACGAACACAUAGCCAACAGCUGCUGGAAGAUCAGGAGCAGCUUCGCGAUUGCAAGUCACCGAUGAUGACCAAGAUUGGAUCUUCUCCUUCGUGUACCACCAGCACGCCAAACGCCCCGUCAAGAAUUAAUCUGGCAAGCGCAUCAUCUACCUCUUUACUGGCCACUGUAAAGCUGGAAAAGGAGUUUGAGAUAAAGCAGGAGCCUGACGAACUGGAUGAAAAACCACUGAGGCUGCAGCGGUUCGUAACCUCACCCACCGUACCGGGAGCUACGGCCGUACCGAUAAAGCGUCCAAAGAUAAAGGAAUGGCACGCGCCCGGUGCGUACAUGUUCGAUUUAAAGGAUCCAGGCGACGAGUCGGAUGACGAUGCAUUCGACGAGGGUCCGAAUACGCUUUCCUUUUGGUACGAGGAAUCGAUUGCGAUCAGCGUGCCGGACAGUAUGUCCAGCUGGGGUAUAAAUCCAAUACAUCGAAGCUCGUCCUCGAGCAGCAGCAGUGUCCGGGGUGGGAAAAACAAAGCCAACCGGGGUGCGAACAGUGCAAAGUUUGAAAUACGAAUGCUAACGCGCGACGAGCGGUUGGAGCUGAAGAAGGCUUACCUGCAGCGACGGGUAAUGCAGUGUAGGAAUGGUUUGCGGAUGCGUAGUGCAGCGGCAUCCGUCGCCAAGAAGCGCUUAGAAUCGAUGGCUAGGAUGGUCGCGAAGGUGGACAAACGGCGUCAAACCGAACUGAGCAAAGCGAGUGAAAAGGCGACCUGCACGCAUGAGGGUUGCACCAAAUCGGCCCUCGUGAUGACAUCGCACUGUUACGAUCACGUUACGGAGGAGGCCCAGCAGUGUUUGUUUCAGCGUUGUACGGCAAAGUUUUCCGACAACAGCCAGUGCCGUGUGCCGGUGUUUGACGUUAGCCAUGAGCUGAUCCUAUGUAAGGAGCACGCGUGGAAGCAUGACAAUCACGACAAGAUGUCGCAGGAGGUAAAGCUGCACAAGAAACCAUCGACGCUCGUUGCAGUACCGACCGUUCCAGCGUCACCAACCAUAGCGGGACGUAAGAAAGCGAAACCCACCCAAUCACCGCCGGUCGUGGUGCGGUCACAAAAGCGACCGAAAAAGAAGAAAAAGCUUACUCCGUUGCAACAGCAGAUGCUGCUGCACCAGCAGCAGUACAAGCAACAGUUUGCGAUGCAUCAUACGCAUCAAUCUAACCAGCAGCAGCAGGCAAAGCACGCAACACCUGGUCCGAAUCAAUCGCAGGUGAAGAAGGUGAUACAGCAGCAGCCGCAAAAGUCUUUGCUUAACACAUGGUCCGUUAAUGGCAAGGUGCAGCUGCAGGUUAAGCAAGGAACGCCUGUACAGAAGGCAUCACAAAUAGCCCACCCCGGACAACGAGUACAUGUGAUCAAUGGUAGUGAAAGCCAAUCGAAACCUGCGUUUAAUACGACCGUGCCACAAACACCGGCUCAAACGAAUCGCAAUCUACUCAUUCCUGUUGCCGUUGGCAAUAAUCGGAUCGUUGCUGGUGCGCGGGGAUCCACUGUUUACCGAGUGCAACCUAAUAAUUCGACCAUGGAAAUUGUGGAUUCUUUAGAGCAUGAUCACGAUCAGCAAGAGAAGCUGAAGCAGCAACAACAACAACAGUACAGUAAUGGAUCCCACGCGGUUCAAACGACACUGAACAAUACCUCGCCAAGUACGCAGGAUCUCCUAACGAUUUGUGAGAAUAGUUCGGCUUACGCGAGUUCUGAGGAUACCGGUGUUGGAGGUUUGUCCGAAUCGGAACUGUUGGCAACACAGGACGUAAUAGAAGAGAUUAUACCAUUCGAGUUUAGCAAUCUGCUCCAUCCGAAUGUGCUCAGUCAUUUGCCGCCGGACGCUUUGAAUGAGCUGCUAUGUCUCGGUGAUGUGCCGGCCGAAGAUGAUACGGGUGAUUCGCACGAAAGCUGCCCACGGGAGGUGGAGGACGAUAUUGAGCGUGCGCUCGAGCAUGUAAAAUCGCUCGACGAUAUGACGGUGGAGCCCAGCAGCUUGUUGGGCGAUUUUCUGGACAAUGUAGACGACGAAAUGUUGGACGGAUCGGAUAUAUGUAAUACGGAGCAAAUGCUGCAGUCGCCAAAUAAAGCGGGCGAUAUCAGAGGCAUGGUACAUACGUAAGUAGCGAAAUGGUAAAGCAAUAGCUCGGUGUAGCGUUAUUAUCUGCAGCAAACCAACCAUCGGUAGUAUCACAGUAUAACGGGCAGCUUGGAUAACGCAUCCUUAAACGAAUAUCUGGAUUCAUCGAUUUUUGGGAAUUUUUUUUUAAUGUUAUCAAAAAGUUUUCUGUUUUACUGCAUUUUUUGAAACGUUAAAGUAAAAAAUGUUUUAUGUUUGGUCGUUUACAUAGCUGUCCGCGUAUUGUAGGUGUUAACAAUACUUACAAUAAUUUACUUUUUGUUCAACUUCCAAAAUGGUGGAAGGUUUAGGAAAAUUCUACCAACAUUCGUUUGUUUUUGGGAUGAGUUGCAAAAUGAUAUACUUACGUGUAUGUUGGUUUGGAAAAUAUACGCAAUAUACGCGUUGACUAUAAGAACCACAUAAUGUCGAAAUUACGCUUUCAUAAUUACACUACUGUAAUGUAAAACUAAUUUAACAUUAAAAUAACCGAAAUCGGUACGCAACGCUAAUGGUAGAAAAUAUCACUAACUAUAAGCUUCAUUUACGAUUGAAUUACGAAACAUUUUAAUAAUGCACUCACUGUAGAUAGCGUCAUAAAAUCAUUCUCGCGUCUUGUUUUCUCCGUCAGUUCAUUACUGCACGGUGUGUACAGUAAGAUUAGUACGAAUGUAAAGUAUCUUUAGGAGAAAUAAAUUCGUUUACAUUGGAACGCCAGUGGUGUUAGAAAUAUGACAGACUUAGGAACACAACCGCACUAGCUGUAUUGUGGUGCAUGGUGAGAAAUGUCGUAGCAUCGUAAGUAGAUGUUGUUCUGAGUGAAUCGAUUCGUUGGGUUGAAGUGGUUUUUAAUGGCAUAUGUUUCCUUCGUCAGUUACCCAUGCAAGAGUAGGCUUAAAGGAGGAUUGUGGAGUAACUAGCAUUUAGGGCGCAUCGUGAUGGACAACACAACGGCUUGUGUCGCACGCGUUAGAUUACGCUGGUUAGUGGUUACAGGCCGGCUCUGGUACCACCAUACACCAGCGAUCAUGCAUUUACGAUGCCUUUGUACAAACCGUUUCAACACAGAGUAACAGUUUCCCACACACUAACUAAGCACGAUCUGUUUUACAAAUGAAAUCGAUAUCUGUACCUGAUUAAUACAACAACAAAAAGCAAAACUGGAAAUACACACGGGUGUUUCUUUCGUUUGGUUUGUUUCAUUAUAACAACAUGUGCUCUAUAGUGAGCUCGCUGGAGGCUAAUCGAAAGAUGUUUCUAACCUUUUUUACACGACACGUAAAAAGUUCGACUAAAACCGUCGUGUACACAUCUUGAGUGAUUUGAUCGCGAGACACCACCUACCUUACCGAUACGUUCAUGUAAAAAAAAUGCUCUAAUGUAAGUAAAUAGAAAAAAAGCAGUGAAACUAACAUACGUUCAUUACAAAACAUGUGUAAGAUAAGGUUAAAUCGAUACUAGCGAAAGUAGCAGAACAUUGGCAGAAGAUGGCUACAGAUGAAACGGUAGUAAGUAAGCCUUCAACUCACCGUACUAUAGUGUGGGAAUUCUGUAAGCUUUCGUUGGCUAUAGUGAGAAUCAUAUGAUAAUAGUAAUCGUACCAACUUAAAGCAUGUAUAAUCAUAUUAAUGGGAAUAAAUAGUACACCGUAUAGUAGUGUAGGAUUAACUCUCCUAACAUUAUGUUCUACAGUAUUCUCACAACAAGCUCUUAGCCAAUGGUGUGUUGUGUGUUUUGUAGAGUUCUCUAAAAUACAUGUAAGUGCAAACCGGCAAACGGUAAACAAAACAAUGCAAACAAAAUCCCAACAAAAAAAAACACCCUAGCGAAUUGUACGCUUGUUACGAAACAGAUACGAAACACAAUUAUUGUAAACAGUGCUUUUUGUAAUAAAAAAGUAUUAAAAAUCAAAAACCCUG